AUCGUCCACGCAUGAGCCCUUGAGACGCCUCACCACUACACCAUUUUUCCCCCGCUGCCAUUUCUGUCGUUGCGACGUCGAGGCCGACCUGCGAGUCGCUCCCAGCCCCCCGUUCGCUUUCCAUUCGCUUAACUUGCCCGCAAUCGCAUCCAUCGCGCGAGUGAAGUCGGCCGGCCAACCAUGUCGUCCCCAGCCGAUCAAGCCUCCACGGCACCACAAUCUACUCCACACCAACAGACCUCAGGAUCGCGGCCUCAGAGCAGGAACGAGCCUCCAUCGACAGGUUCGGUAGAGAUGAAGACCCUCGAGGCCUCUGGCGCAGCACCCGCGCCUACAGACACGACCACGCACACCACAGACGCACCCGCGGUAGCUCCAGCAGCUACACCUGCAGAGCAACCCGUCGGUUCCAGCACCUCAGAAGAUGCGCCUGUCGCUCCUUCAUCUCCUGGAAAGCUCGCGCCCCCUUCUGCGCUAAAUCGCGCAGACACCGAGGCCAUCGGUCCGUCGACAGACACACCGGCCGCAAACCCGGACAACACGAAUGGGCCUGUGCUAGUAAUAAUGCUGCUUCUUACCAGCGGCGCAAGGCAUCCGUACAAGAUUGACGAAAAGUACUUGAAGAAGCGCAGUGUCAAGGUGGAGAACAUGGAUCCGUACAAUAUCAGCGUCUAUACCCUCAAAGAGCUGAUAUGGCGAGACUGGCGGGAAGAAUGGGAGGCUCGGCCUACUUCACCAGGAUCGAUAAGGCUCAUUCAUUUUGGUCGCAUGCUUGACGACAAGUCGCCACUCAAAGAAUGCCGAUUUCAAACAGAUACCCCUAAUGUUGUUCACAUGACUGUCAAGCCACAAGAGGUCGUUGAUGAAGAAGAAAACGCCAAGACUGGCAAAUCUGGGAACCGGAGAGAGAGCGAUGACGAGCCCACGGCUACCUGCCGUUGCGUCAUCUUAUAAAAGUACUCGUAAUCAUGCAGGUCUUCCGGUCAAACCAUAACCUCACAAUGAUGUUUUCAGUGGCUGUCAAAAGUAUAUACGAGAAGCAACAGGAGUGAGAGAAAACACCACAUCGACCGCUGGAAUUAGUCCCUUUAAGUUCUCUUCUGCGGCCAUGUUAUUUGGCCGUUGCGAACGGUAUGAAUUGUGGCGUUACACGAAGAGGUGGGCGUUUCUUUUCCACAUCAACCUAUUCUUUUUCUUUUUCCCCUCACCUUGUGCAUAUGGAGUUUCCGUAAUGGCCCGGCUGGUCUUGUAGCUGGUUUGAAUUAUUGUAGUGUAUAAGUACGUAGCCUUUCGUGAGGAGCAUUGUCGUUUGGGAGGAAGGCAUUUGGGAAUAGACCAUGUUUGAAUAUUCCAACACCCACCACGUUGUGCAAUAUAUUAGGAUUUUCUUCAAA